AUUGGGUAAUGUAAUUGAUUAUAAUAGUAAUUAUGAUAAUGACGAGUUGAUAAGUAGUGGAAUUUGUUAUCCGAGAAGUAUAGUUACGAGAAGAAUAAUUUGUGGAUCAAUAGCUCGUGAUCUUGAUAAUAUUAAAUGUAUUUAUAGUGAAUUGUGUGAUAUAUGGUGUGAAAUUUUUAAGUUUUAUGAAUUACCUAUUUUAUUGGGAAUUACUUAUUUCGGUGGAUAUAGCAUAAGUACGAUAUAUACUAUGUGGUUGACAUCGAGACGAACGAGAGUAUUGAAUGUAAUGACGUUUCGGAAUCUGCCUAAAAAAUUUUUUAAUUCUUUUUUUAAAAAAUUCACGAGUGAUAUCCUGUUACUCGUAUUGAUAAUUUUUGUAUUCAUCGUUAUGACUAACAUUGUCACAAAAACAAUCAAACAGAGUAAGAAGACGUCAUAUUGUAUACAUGUACUGCAGAAUAAGUGUACAAUAGACAAUGAAAGCAAAGAAAAACUGUGCAGUUUAUCCCUGAGUUUAUUGCAACGAAAAUUUGAAUGCCGUGUGUUUGAUAUAACAUCAAUCGAUAAUUCUUUUUUACUCACUAUACUGGACACAAUUAUGACGUAUGCUGUAGUUUUAAUACAAUUUAGAGAACCAUAAUACGAAAAAUAUAUAAACGAAUUUUAAAAUAUAUAUAUGUAUAUAUAUAUAUUAGGGUGGUCGUUAAAAAUUGAAUUUUCUUAGGCGCCCCAUAAAAAGCUUCUUUUUAGUGAAAAAAUACGUGGGG